AUGGGCGGCGCGCCCGCCAGGGGGCGCCCCCGUGGCGGCAGCCCGGCGCAUGCGCACAGAGCCCCGGCGGGAGCGGGAGAGGAGGCGGCAGCGCUGGCGAGGGGGCAGCAGCAGCAGCGGGGGAGCGGGAGCGGCGGCGGCGCCCGGGUGGGGCUGUGCCUCCUGUGCGGGCUCCCCGCCGCCGGCAAGUCCAGCCUGGCCCGCGCCCUGUGCCGCCGGCUGCGGCAGCGCCCGGGCUGGGCCUGUGCGCUCCUCCACUACGACGAGCUCAUCCCGGACGAGGUCUUCCGCCCGCGCGCGCCGGGGGCGGGCCCGCGGGAGCCGCUCCCAUUGGUGCCCGGCUGGAAGCAGAGCCGCCGCGAGCUGCUGCAGUGCCUGGAGGGUCUCCUGCAGGCGCUGCUCACCGGGGCGCCGCUGCCCGGCCCCGCACAGCCGGGGUGGGAGCGGUUCCUGCACUGCUGCCGCCGGGAAGGGCUGCUGGAGGCGGUGCAGGGGGACGGCGGGGCCCCGGCACGGCCGCUCUGCCUCCUCCUGGACGACAACUUCUAUUACCAGAGCAUGCGGUAUGAGGUGUACCAGCUGGCCAGAAAAUAUUCCUUGGGCUUCUGCCAGUUGUUUUUAGACUGUCCCCUGGAAUGCUGCCUGCAGAGGAAUCGCCUCAGGAGUGAUCCUGUACCUGAGCAGACAAUACAUUUAAUGGCAAGGAAAAUAGAAAUGCCAGAUCUCAAGAAAAAUGCUUGGGAGCAGCACAGCCUCAUUCUGAGAAGCUCUGAUUGCAUCUCAGAGGACAAUGAGCAGAUAAUUAACCUGCUGUCCACUGCUCUGGAAAAUCCAGCGAGGCCAAACGAGGAGGACACGGAGCAAAAGGACACAGAUCGAGCCAUCUGUGCAGCCAGUGCUGUCCACCAGGCUGACCAGGCGUGCAGGAGGGUCAUCUCUCAGGCCAUGAAGGAUGCCAGAGACAAAAGUGUUUCCCCAAGUGAGAUGAAGAGCCUGGCAGAAGAACUCAACAAAUUGAAGGCAGAAUUUUUGGAAGGCUUGAGGCAAGGAAAGACUUUGAAAACCCAAAAUUCUGACCCUGCUACGAGCGUAAUUUCUUCAUUCCAACAUGAGGCAACCAAUGUAGUCAAUAAAUAUAUUUUAAAAUAAUGA